AAAAUAUUUAUUAUUAUGGCAGAAGUCGAAUAAUUAUCAGAAGAACUCACUACUUUAAAGAGAGUCGUUUAAACAUCUUUGCAUAGAGGUUAAUUAUCAAAGGGUGUACAUGAAGUAUGCAAAGCCAUCGAAAGCAAAUAAGUUUGAAUUAUCAUGCUAUGCAUUAUAGGCUAAGUUUGUUGUUUUGGCUGAUGAUUGCUCUGAGGAAUCCUAUAAAAAAUUAGUUGUUGCUUUGGCUAAAUAAUUCUAAAUUCCAGUUUGGAAAGUAGAAAAAGGUGCCUUACUAGGUGAAUGGAUUGGAAUUUCUAAGUUUUUGACCAAAACUAAGAAAAUCAAAUCAAGAAAAUGCUCAUCUGUUGCUGUUAGAGAUUUUGCAAUCGAAGUAAGCGAAGCUGAAAAACAAUUUGUUGAAGAUAAGAUCAAGGGAUUGUGAGAAUAUUUAUCUGUACAACAUAUAAAAUGUAUAAUAAUGGAUAACAAA